AUGUGUGAGAUAUUAUUGGUGGCUUUGAAAAACGUUGAACUAGAAACUACAAACUCUGAGCUUGCAAAAACAUGUCAACAUGCAGUGGAAUCAUUGAAGAAUGAUGCAAUAAAAAUAGAUGUUCUGAUAGAAAAGCUAUCAGAAUUUAUACUUAAUUUUGAAGAUGUUAUACUGUUCAAAAAAUAUUUGCCAAAUUUACUUCUGGCAUUGGUUUCGGCGAGAAUUCCACUAACAGUUGUAUUUUCUAAUCAGAAUUAUGAUUUAUGUACAGACUUGGAAAAGACUCGUCAUUUAGAGUAUUCAGUUGUCUUAGGACUUCUUAGUGAUCAUCCUGAUAUUUUGCAGUAUGCACUUAAAUACUUUCAAAUUAAUUCAAUACCUCCAUAUGAUGUUUUCAUUCAUCAUGAAGACUCCUACAAUGUGGCACCAAAGAAGAGACGAUUACUUGACUUGAGACAAAAGAUUACCGAUCACCAUAUAGUAAAUUGUUGUUAUGCUUUACUGUCAAAGUUACCGAAUGAGCUAUCAUCAAAAUGGGAUUGGACAAAGUUCAUAAUAAAUUUUAGUAGCCAUGAAGAUAUGAAAAUAAGAUGGAUGGUUAAAGAAUGUAUGGUUAUUCUAACUAACAUGACAGAGGUCCAAUCACAUUUGCUAACCGAAAACCUUAAAUUGAAUGAGGAAGAUGAUCUUAAAAACAUUCCAUACUCUAAGGAUAUAUACAUAAUGAAUGGUACUGAUGAAGAAUUAAAUGUAAAUACAAGUAAUGUUGUACAUAUCAAUGGUAUAAUGUUACCUGUUUAUGAUAAAACCAAUAUACAACCCGGAAAGCUAGUUCAAGUUAAAAGUACUGUGAAUAAUUUAAGGAGUUUAGCUCUUGCUGUAGCUUCAGGUCAAGCCUUAUCACUUAUGGGUCCCGUGGGUUCCGGUAAGACAUGUCUAGUUGAACACUUGGCAGCCAUCACUGGUCGGAAAGGAAUUGCCUUUAAGAAGGUGCAACUUGGAGAUCAGACUGAUUCAAGAAUGUUGCUAGGGUCCCAUCAAUGUACAGAUGUUCCUGGAGAAUUUAUAUGGGCACCAGGGGUAUUAACUGAGGCUGUUCAAAAUGGGCACUGGUUAUUGUUAGAAGAUAUAGAUUGUGCUGCAUUAGAUGUAGCAUCUACAUUAAGUUCUUUGUUGGAACGGAAUACAUUGUGUGUGCCUGGGUAUAGAGAUUCCUUGCCGGUCACACCUGGUUUUCAACUAUUUGUUACACAGAGGACCAUGGUUACAAAUUAUGGAUUUCAAAAGAAGAUGUCAAAUUCAAGCACACUGUUACAAAAACAUUUGACCCAAAUCAACGUUGAGCCUUUAUCGAGGAAUGAGCUAGCUGAAAUUAUACAAACUAAGUAUCCAAAUUUGUCAACAAUUUGCUCAAGAAUGAUUGAAGUUUUUAUGAUGUUCUCUGUAGGUAGUCAUGAUACUUCAUUACACGCUACUUCUGGGUCGGAAAAAGAUAGUAACAAUGUUGUGCUUAGAGGUUCACGUCUUAUUUCAACAAGAGAUUUGAUGAAGUGGUGUGCGAGAGCCGUUGUAGAAUUUAAUGUAUCUAGUCCUGAUUCAGCCAUUAAAGUUCUUGAAGAUGCUCUGGAUAUAUUUACGUGUUCUAUAUCCUCGCCAGAAAACCGAUUAGAGUUGGCUAAGAAAGUUGGUACAUGCUUGGGAAUAGUUGAAACCAAAUCGGAGUUCUAUGUAAAACAUUACAAACCUAACGUGUCCCUACAUCCAAAUGUACUGGAAGUAGGAAGAGCCAAAGUACCAAGACUUGAAAAAAGUGUAGAAUCGAUUAAUUUCGAUAAUAAGCAAGUUGUGUUCUCUUUCACCCGUCAAUCUGCUUGUUUAUUAGAAAAGAUAGCCUGUUGUGUCAACUCGAACGAGCCGGUUCUUUUGGUGGGAGAGACAGGAACUGGUAAAACUUCAUCAAUACAAUAUCUAGCAAGACAAACUGGUCAUAAACUCGUUGUGAUCAAUAUGAAUCAACAAUCAGAUUCAGCUGAUUUAUUGGGAGGCUACAAACCGGUUGAUCUAAAAUACGUAAUCAGACCAAUUAAACUAGAAUACAUAAAAAUGUUCAAAGCUUUCUAUAAUGUCGAGAAAAAUAAGAAAUUUAUCAAUCAUAUAGACACCUGCUACGACACUGAAAACUGGACAGCUCUAUUGGCCUUAAUGAAGCAAAGUCAUAAAGCAGCUGUCACUAGAUUAACAAAUGAGAAAAAUCACGACCUGUUAAAAGUAUGGGUGGCGUUUGGGCAUAAACUUACAAAAUUAGAGCAGCAAGUGAAAUCCGCAUCAAGAUUGACGUUUGCGUUCAUAGAAGGCUCAUUGGUUAAAGCAAUGCAACAGGGACAUUGGGUAUUGCUCGAUGAAAUAAACUUGGCUUCAGCUGAAAUAUUGGAAUGUUUAGCGGGUUUGUUGGAAGACAAAAGUGAGAGUAUUGAUUUAUUAGAAAAAGGAGAUAAAGUGCCUAUAAAAAGACACCCUGAUUUCACUUUAUUUGCCUGCAUGAAUCCCGCUACUGAUGUGGGAAAGAAAGAUUUACCCGUCGGCCUAAGGAACAGAUUUACGGAGUUCUUCAUAGAUGAACUUAAAGAAAGAAAUGACUUAAUGCUUCUCAUCGGUGAUUAUUUAUAUCACAUGAAUCUUAGUGGAGCAACUUUAGAAGCUAUUUACACUUUCUAUUCCAGUAUUAAGAAGGAAGCGAAACUUAACCUAGUUGAUGGUGCAGGAAAUGCUCCUCACUACUCAUUGAGAACUCUAUGUAGAGCAUUAACAGCAGCUGCCAGAGCAAAAUGUGGCACCGUGGCCAGAUCACUGUAUGAAGCAUUUUGUCUCUCUUUCCUUACACAACUUGACAGAUCAUCACAUCCUAAAGUAGAGUCCAUGAUUGCCAAAGCCGUUAUCGGAAAGAAGAAUGUCAAUUCAAUUCUCAAGCAACAAAUACCGGAACCAAAAGUUGAUGGUCAAAACUAUUUGCUGUUUGAAGGACAUUGGAUACCACAAGGUAAACUGCCAAUCGACAUCCCAGACGGAUAUAUUUUGACAUCGACUGUACGAAAGAACCUUCGAGAUAUUGCGCGGAUUAUUUCGUUGGGACGUUUGCCUGUUUUACUUCAAGGUGAUACAUCAGUUGGCAAAACUUCGCUCAUAACGUACAUCGCAAAAGCAUCAGGAAAUUAUUGCGUCAGAAUCAAUAAUCAUGAGCACACAGAUCUGCAAGAAUAUAUCGGUUCAUACGCUACAGAUUCUACAGGAAAUUUGGUGUUUAAAGAAGGAGUUUUGGUUGAAGCUAUGAGGAAAGGCUAUUGGAUUAUACUCGAUGAAUUAAAUUUAGCACCUAGUGAUGUUCUUGAAGCGCUAAAUCGAGUCUUAGACGAUAAUAGAGAGUUGUUUAUAGCUGAAACUCAAGAAGUUGUGAAAGCCGAUCCAAACUUCAUGUUAUUCGCUACCCAAAACCCACCAGGAUUGUAUGGAGGACGUAAAAUGCUAUCUAGAGCUUUUAGAAAUCGUUUCGUUGAACUACAUUUUGAUGAAAUACCCAGAGCUGAGUUGGAAACAAUACUGCACCAACGAUGUCAUAUACCGCCUACAUAUUGUAAGAGAAUGAUUGAAGUAAUGGCGGAGCUACAAGUAAGAAGACGUGGCUCGGCAGCUGUUCAGGGAAAAGAUGGUUUUAUUACUCUGAGAGAUUUGUUCAGAUGGGGUCAAAGGUAUAAACAUGCCUCGAAAGAGAUGUUAACUACAGAAAAAUUCUACGAUUGGGAUCAACAUAUAGCCGACGAGGGUUAUCUAAUAUUAGCUGGUAAGGUCCGACAAACAGAUGAAAGAAAUAUUAUUGAAGAAGUUAUAGAAAAACAUAUAAAGAGAAAAGUAAAUCCUGAUAAUUUAUUUAGCUUGCACGAAAAUACAUCUCCGGUAACAAAGUCUAUAUUAGAAAUGAUUCUUGGUAACCAACUAGACGAAUUCUCUCAUAUUGUUUGGACAUUUAACAUGAGAAGACUUGCUGUACUAAUCGCAAAAGCUUUCAUAUUCUCUGAGCCAGUAUUAUUAGUUGGAGAAACAGGCUGUGGAAAAACUACAAUAUGUCAAGUUUUGGCUACAUUGAGUAAGAGGAAUUUAUUAUCAGUUAACUGUCACAUGCACACAGAGAGCUCGGACUUUUUGGGUGGAUUGCGACCAGUCCGGCAAUAUAAUAACGAUGGUAGAUUAUUUGAGUGGGUUGAUGGACCUUUAAUAAAGGCAAUGGAAAAUGGUGACCUGUUUCUGGCCGAUGAAAUUUCGUUAGCAGAUGAUAGUGUUUUAGAAAGACUGAAUUCGUUGCUGGAACCCGAAAGGCAGCUCGUUAUUUCCGAGAGAGGAAUGGAAGAUAGUUCAGACAUCGUUGUUAUAACAGCCGUAUCCAGUUUCCAUUUUAUCGGCACUAUGAAUCCCGGCGGUGAUUUCGGUAAAAAAGAAUUGUCACCUGCACUCCGUAAUCGCUUUACAGAAAUUUGGUGUGAUCGUGUUAGUUCUAAAGAGGACCUGCAAAGAGUGUUAGAAAAAAGUGUUGGGAAAGGAAUCGCUUUAGGCAAUCAGGAAGACGGGAGUUCAGGCAUUGGCAAUUGUAUAUUAGACUUUACAAAUUGGUUGAAAAAUUCAGAAGUGACCAAUAAAUUUCCUUUUAGUAUACGAGAUUUACUAUCAUGGGUCCAAUUUAUUAAUGUGACCGUAUCUAAAGGAUUAUUAGAUGUGCCAGAAGCAUACGUACAUGGUGCUUGUAUGACAUUUUUGGACUGUUUUGGCACAACCCUCACUGGACACAUAGAAUCUGAUACACUACUACUAUUACGUAAAAAUGCUAUAAAUUUUCUGUUAAACCAAAUAAAGACAUUCGGGAACGAGUAUACUGAAAGUUUAAAGGAUACACUUAGUAGCCAAAACGCCAUUUUGAAUUCCGAAAUUAGUAAUAACAAGUUUGGAAUCAAACCAUUUUUUAUUGACUGCGGACCAUAUUCGCGUGACAGCGACAAAACAUUUACAUUUACUGCACCUACCACCGGUUCCAACACACUACGACUACUUCGUGGUUUGCAGUUAAACAAAGCAAUACUUUUGGAAGGGAAUCCAGGGGUAGGCAAAACAAGUUUAGUAACAGCUUUAGCCAAGUCCUCUGGUCAUAAGGUUAUACGCAUUAACUUGAGUGAUCAAACGGACAUCACUGAUCUCUUUGGAACAGAUUUACCUUCUGAAGAUGGAUCCUUUACCUUUAAAGAAGGUGCUUUUCUAAAUGCCCUUCAAAAUGGAGACUGGAUACUUCUAGAUGAGUUAAACUUAGCGCCACAAGCGGUGCUCGAGGGAUUAAACGCUUGUUUGGAUCACAGAGGCGAAGUGUUUAUACCUGAACUUGGAAAAACUUUUAAAGUGAAGAAGGAAACCAAGUUAUUUGCUUGUCAAAAUCCUUUGAAACAGGGUGGAGCCAGAAGAGGAUUGCCUGUUUCAUUCCUUAAUAGAUUCACUCAAGUCUACAUCGAUACGUUAACUAAAGAAGAUCUUCUAUAUAUUGUUAAAUCACAAUUUUCUAAUUUACCCCAAGAUAUAUUGAACAAAAUAGUUGAAUUCAAUUGCAAAGUGGCUCAUGAAAUUUGUGAAAUACAAACUUGGGGUCAUAGAGGCGGACCUUGGGAAAUGAACUUGCGAGAUAUACAAAGAUGGUGUGAAGCACUUGUAAAAGAUUUUGAAGACGGACAAGGAAUUUCUCCAGGGAAAUACGUCGAUAUGUUGUAUGUUAAUCGUAUGCGUACAAUGGAAGACAAACAAAGAAUGAUUCAAGCGUUCGACGAAAUAUUCUGUCCUAUUUAUCGAAGAAGUGAUAGUCACCCUCAGGUAGAUAUCAAAGAGGACGAAAUUAUUAUAGGAGAUGUCAUGAUAAAGAGAAACAAAGACAAGGCUUUUAAAAAUAGAAGAACAGUUAAAACCAAUUUGCUGCUGUUAAGAAAUCAGUUGUCAACUUUAAAGGCGCUCGCACAAAACGUGAACAUGAAUUGGUUAUCCAUAUUAGUAGGUCCGACAGCUACUGGGAAGAGUAGCAUUGUUCAAGUAUUAGCAGACUUGACUGGAAAUGAUCUUCACGUAGUCCCAGUUACAUCAGCUAUGGACGUCUCAGACCUUCUUGGUUUCUUUGAGCAAGUCGAUUACAAUCGAAACAUUGAGAAUUUGUAUGAAGAUAUAGAAACCGCAACGAUUCAGGUUGCCAGAGAUAUAUGGAUAAAACAAAACACAGAAGGAUGGAAAUCAAAUAGGUUACUUAGUAAUUUGCAUCAGUACAGAUCGAUUCAAUCCAACUCCACAGAUAAGAAAUUUUCUAGCGACGACAUAGAGCUUUUCAAUAAAAAAAUUAAAUUUCUUCUUAACCAUUGCAAGAAAAUACAGGAAUCUGCUAAAUUCUAUUACGUUUCAACGAACAGUGUUGAAAAAAUUGUGCAUAAUUUAGAAAAAUUACAAAACAGGGUAUCAAAAUUAUCUUCAGUGAAUGCAGGCGGUAAAUUUGAAUGGGUGGAUUCUUUGCUUGUAAAAGCCAUGGUUGAAGGAUCCUGGCUUUUGUUUGAUAACGUGAAUCUAACGUCAUCAGCUGUUUUAGACAGGCUGAAUGGUUUAUUAGAACCGAAUGGCGUCCUUAGUGUUCCAGAGAGAGGUGAGAUAAGUGAAAUUAAACCACAUCCAAACUUCAGGGUAUUCUUUACAAUGGAUCCAAAAUACGGAGAAAUCUCUAGAGCCAUGAGGAACAGAGGUGUAGAAAUUUUCUUAUAUCGACCGGAUGACUUGGAUCUGAGGUUAUCAGAAACAAUGGACUAUCUAGACUUGGUUGCUUUAUUAUCAUCCUGUGGGCUUCCGAAUCAGUAUCAUGACAUAUCCAUAAGAUGUCAUGAGUCCAUGAGUGCUUUUAUUCAAGGAUUAGAAAGACCAACGAUUUCUCAUCUGCUACAAGCCGUUUAUUUAACGUGGCAACAAAUGGUACGUGGGAUUUCAUGCAGGACAGCGUUAUUAAACGGUUUUUCAGAUGUUUAUAUUAAACCAAGAACCGGCGGUGACUUUUCCUCCUCCGUAAACACAUCGUUAGCGGAAAUGAAAAAUAAUAUGUUGAAAGCCUUAGAAUUGGAAUUAAGUUCCGAAAAAUAUGAGCCGAUUGUUAGCAAAGAUGUCAGCCAUACAUUAACAAUAAAAGGUCUCGCGACGUACUCAGCAUAUGAAAUCACAAAGCAAAUUGCUUAUUUAGCAAUAAAACAAGCAAAUGUUGAAAUGUCUGAAAGUACAUUAUAUCCUGUAUUUAGUAUUCUUACAUCAUACCAGAAGUGUCCAUCAGAAUUAUUAGAAACGAUUCAUUUUAUAAUAAAUCAAGGUAUUCAGAAACAUAACAAAAGUUAUCUGAAAUCUUUAUCGUGGGGUUUGAACAAGCAAGCUUAUGAAUAUUUCAAGACGAGAGAAGUUAUGGAUAUGUAUAAGAGAUUUUUCCCAGAGGCAUAUAAAUUAAAUGAAGAUGAUGUUUAUGACCUAAACACAAAUUUUAUUCUACUGUAUAUCCAAUUAAAAGACGUUGAACUAAGCGGUACGUUGAAAAGUACUGGCUUUUCUGCUUUGGAUUAUUCGAAUGCUGUAUCCCAAGGAAAGUUGACAGACGAUUUUGUAGAGUAUCCAAUACUCAAGAAUUGCAAAGUUUAUCUUAAAGUAAUAGAUAAAUAUAUAGAAAAUACAAUUAAAGCGGUUGGACCAUCGUUGACUGAUAAAGCGGUGGGCUCAAUAAUGCAACUACUAAAUUGGAGAGAAAGAUUAAUUAAGAUCACUAGUAUGCCUAUAUUUGAAACAUCGAAAAGUAAAAAGACUCCUAUUUUGAAAGAAGAGAUCAUUCCAUUCUUAAAUGUUCAUAGUAAAUGGGUCCAAAAGUAUUUGCUUGGAGGACUUUUCAAAUUGCUAGGUGGAAAGAAUGUUUCGAAGAAGUUCUUAGUUGAAAUGGAUAAACUGAACUUGAACAUUGCAAAGGAUAAUACGAAUGUUGCAAAAGUUAGCAAAAAACUCAGAAAGUAUUACGGUCAACCAAAGUUGUAUAAAAACCAGGAAGAAUACGAAUUAUGUAUUGCCAGAGAAAAAAUUUACAAUAAAAUGAAUUUGGACAUGCAUGAACCACUCGACCGACAAUUAAGCAACAUAUCUCAAAUUUAUAAACCAGAUAUAUCUUUAGCAUAUGACGUACCAAAUCAAGAAACAAUUGAUGCAAUCGAAGAAAAGCUUUCAUUAUUGACAUCAAAUACUAAGUCAGAAAAAUUGCUAUCAGAAGUGAAACUUCUUCCUAUCAAUGCAUACGUAAUACAGAGAAUUAUAAACUUAUUGCAACCGCAUUUUCUAGAAAUAAUUAACAAGUUCUCCGAUGAGGACUACGAAUUUGAGAAUGAUAUCCGUUUUAACAUUCAAGAAAUUAUGUCUAGUUUAAUUCAUCUAGGAAAAGUAAUCAAAGGAUUUCCACCGGCCUUACUGAAUCAGUUGCAAGUUAUAAGAACAGUUCUUGAAACAAAUAAAGAACUCGAUAAUGGAAUAUCUUCGUUGCCGGUUGGCUUUUGGAUAGAACUGAACAGAAUGCUAGUGAGCUCGCCCGCUACAUAUCCUGUACCGUUUUUAAAGAUUAAUGAUUUCUUAAAUUCAGAGGACCGUAUUCCUUUAAACAGUUCAAGACUCUCUAUGAAUCUCUCCUUAAUGCCAUUCUACCUUCAAAAUCUUACGACAUGUUUGGACGCCACUUCCUCAAAUUCAGUCAUGGCAUAUGAAAGCGUUGCCUUGAAAGACCGUACGGACUAUUCUAUGCAGUUGCAAUCUGUUUUGAAUAUUUUAUGGAAAAACUUCGGUACAUUGGAUUCAACGGCAUUACUGAAAUUGAAAUCGGACGCUAUAUUCGAAAUAAAAAAAUACGAACAGCUUAUUGACUGUCUGUCAUACAUAAUUUCAGAAAAUUAUACAGUAAAUGAGAGUAUUAUAGAUAAUUGUGACGUGAUAACUAGAGAGAUACAAUUAUAUUUUAUAGGAGACACGAAUAUUAUAGACAUGUUGAACAAAGCUAACGAUAUAUAUAAGCAGCUUACAAGUUCUAUCUCAAACGAAAACAAUAUGAGAGAUAAAACGAAAAUAUUCACUGCGGAACUAUCACUGUUGACUAGUCUUCUGUUCCUUAGAAUAAUGGCAGAAAUAAGUCCCAUAGACCACGUAGAAAAGUACAGACUCAAAGUGAAGUAUAUAGAGGAAGAUGUUGAUAUAUUUAAUAAAUUACUGAGCGUGUAUUACCUACAUGGGGUAAUAACGGGUGGUAUCAGUGAAAAUAGGAACAUAGAGAAGGCGUCCGACGUGACGGUGGAUUGUUUUAAACAAGAUAAUAGGGAAAAACUGAAUAAUGUUCAUCCCUACUGCGAAAUUAUAAUGAAUCUCAAAGAAGAAACCGCAUUGAGGGUACAUAAAUACGCCUCAGGGAAUACGUUCCGUCCCAAGGAACCGUCCUACACUAGUUUUAUUAAGGAUUGCAAACACUUUACCAAGUCCGUCCUAUCUGAUAAAUCAGUGAAGACCCUGUAUACCAACCUUUUGUCAACUUGCGGUACAAUGUAUGAUAUUAUACAAAGCGGCACUUACGAGAAAGCACAAAACCAGUUACAAAACGCCCAAACAGUGUUGACGGAAACCACUUCAUGGCUGCAUUCUGUUAAUACGUUUAGCAAAAAAAUUGUCACUUAUUCUGAUGCUUUUCCAGACUUAGCGAAACCCUUACAAAGUUCGCUGUCUCAAAUAAUGUACAGUGUGACGUCAUUAAAGGACCUAAUUCGAGAAUAUAUUGUGAAAAUUGAACAAGGUCCAUUUUUGCCUGAAAUGUUGACAUCUCUUCUAGUAUAUCCCAAUAGUAUACCGUCUUUAGCUUCAAGGGAAAAGCAUCUUAAUAGAUACCUGUCAUCCAACUUUAUGCAGCUCUUAAAUAGGAAUGCUGUAAGUGAUGAUGCGACACAACCUGAACGGGAAUAUCUUGAGGUAUUGAAAAUGAAUCUAUCAGAAUUCAGUAUGCACAGCUUGUCCAUGGAACGAAUUGAUAAAAUUAGUUUGAAAGCUAUACUCACGACACUAAACGCUAUCACAAAAUCAUGGGAGAAACAACGUCAGGAUAUUGAGAAACAAAAACAGGAUGAAGAAGCCUUAUAUGUUACCAAAUCGAAAUGUGAAGACGAAGACGAAGAAGCUCUGGUGCAGGAAGAGAUAAGUGAAAUGUUCCCUUCAUACUCCGACUCCGAUUUCGCUGAGUUCAAACCGCCGACUCUCGAACAGAGGAAAGACAAACCGAGGAAUAUCAAACCCAAACUAUUGUUUUCCCCUGACGAUGUUUCACUAAUAUACAGAUGGCAUUCGAACUUCGUACGGAACCUGACGAACGCGCAAUGGUUAUCCACCCCAAAAAAAUUGGUUGCGAAUGAUGUUGUCACUCCGUUGAUACUGCGUUAUCCAACAUUUAGUCGGGUUAUACAGGGUGCUUGGGAGACGUUAGAUGUAACCUUCGAAGGAAGUAUUUUACCAAGCUUAAUGGUGCUAGUGUCGCAUAUUAAAGACAAAGUCGAUGGAAUUAAUGGAACAGGUUCAAAAGUUGACUUCUACCGGUCACCUUGGAUUUCCGAAACAAGGGAAUGUCUUCCUCUCCUAGAAAGAGUCAAAGAAGCAACAAAUGAAUUAUUGGAUCAAUGGCCAGACUUUCCGACUUUAAAAGAUAUUAUAAUAAUAGUAGACAGAAUAAUCGGUUUUCCGAUUACCAGUCCAGUGUCGAGAUUCCUGACAGGUUUGGAACUCCUUAGAGAUAAAAUUGAAGAAUGGAACAAAAACGCCCACAAAGGAAACAACAUGAUUGAUAUAUCACUGGCGGUCGGACAACAGAUCAUUAACUGGAGGAAAUUGGAAAUGACUCAUUGGAAGGAGUGUCUUAAUAACUUGUAUCAGAGACAACAAGCCGAAGCUCAUAAAUACUGGUUCUAUAUGUAUGCGGUGAUAACAUCUUACUUGGAGGAGACUGAUAUAUCAUCGGCCAGGGUUGUGUCAGUGUUGAAAGAUUUCAUGGAAAAGUCCAAUCUAGCGGAGUUUGAUGUGAGAUUGGACAUUGUUUAUGUAUACCACUGUCAUUUAAUACAUCUGGACGCCAGCCAAAGACGCGAUGAACUUCUAUCAUUGUUAUGGAAUACAUACAACUAUUAUCGACAAUUCGCUCCGCAAGUGGCUUCACAUAUUAAAGAAAAACGUGCGCCCAUAGAAAAGAAAUUAAAGGACUUCGUCAAAAUCUGCACCUGGGACAGAGAUCUUAGUUACUGGAGUGUGAAGGACACAGUAGACAAGGCUCAUAAAGCUUUACACAAACAUACCAAGGAGUUUGAGAAAGUUCUAAAGGAGAGUGUAUCGAGUUGUCUUGUGGAUACGGCGAGUGAGUCUAUCGACCACGUGGGUAUUUGGGAUAGACCAAAGAGGGCCGGCACUGCAAGCAACGCCGCGGGCGGAGCAUAUAUGAUAGACCUGCAGAACCAUGUAGUACUGAACAGAAACAUUAAGAAAUACCUUGACCAGCUUGAACAGCCAUGUCAAUUGAUACAAGAAAACAGUCUCCUGGCAAAGAUUCCGAGUCUGUUGAACAAAGCUCGAACAUUAUGUAAGGAUACCAUCACUAACACGGGCUACCCCGCGCUAGUACAGGGCUUAGACGACUUUGUAACCUUGGUUAUAGAGACCAGUGAACAUUUAGGAUCUUUGGAGGUUGAUUCAACAUUGCCGAAGGACAAACAAAAAUCUCAAGCCAAAAACAUAACGCAGCAGAAGCGUAAAGCUCUAUCGGAUCUGUUCAAAUAUUUGAGCAAAAUCGGUCUGAACUAUCGCACGGGUCUCGUUAUACUAUCGGCUUCUGAAGACAUGUAUGAUUUCACGAUACCACCCGUCGAUUUGGAUGCCGCUAUGAGCUAUUUGAAAAGCAGGCGUUGUGAUCCAACAUUAACCCUGCUGUGGUCUGGUUGUGAAAAGUACUUCCAAAAGAACAUCGCGCGACAUCGUUUGUUAUCAGCUGCGUUACAGGCGCCUCACCCCGACCUCGGGAUACAGAAUAUUGAGAGAUGUAAGGGAUUCGCAGCACAUCUACUGGUAUGA